AUGGUUGUAAAGUAUAAUACAUGCAAUCUUGCAUUAAUUUCUCUCUCAGUAAUCUUUGGAGCAAUUGCAUUAUUGUUAGCUUGUGUUGGAAUUGGUUCAUCGAAUUGGCAAACUACAUCGACUAAUACAACAACUGGACAAACGUAUAUUGAUAGGGUUGCUAAUUUUUUCUAUGCUUGCCGUUUAAAUCUAACUGGUGAUGCGCAAUGUGGACAACGUAGUAGUGAUCAUAAUGAUAUACAAUAUUAUAUAAUUAAUUUAACAGGAAAUUCAACUGAAUGGAAUUUACAUUUAAAUUUUGCGGCUGGUCUUUCGAUUAUUGGUAUUAUUUUUAUCUUUAUUGGAACAAUUACUAAUCUUCUGAUGUUUUUUGGUGAUCGAUCAACAUGGAUAUAUUUAAUUGCACCAACAUUUCUUUUUAAUGCAUGUCUUUUUAUGCUUGCCGGAUUAGCUGAAGGUGCACGUGUACUUCUAUACAAUGGUUAUUCGGCUAGUUUAUAUGAAGUAGCACAUGUAUUUAUUAUAUUUAGUUUAUUAACUAGUGCUAUAGCUGCUGGUUGCUUACACGAUCGUCCUCUUUAUACUCAAGCACAUAAAAAACUAAAAAGAAUAAAAAAAUGA